UCUUUUUCUUUUGCAUUUCUUUUAAUUUCCUAUCUUAAUAAUCUCCGUAUUAUCAAAAGUGAGCAGAAAUAACAACUAGAAAUACAUCAAGCGAAAAAUCUAUUACUAUCAGAGUAUUGCUUUAAACAACAUCAAUGACUACACCUCAUUCGGAACCGCCAUCUUCUGACGAAAAGAAAGAGGCAGUUGAAUUCGAAGAACAUCAACAUAUUGAACAUGAAGACGAAAUAUCUCCCGAGUUAGAACUCUUAUUGCACACUGAUCCUAGCCACGGCUUGUCCUCCCAAGAAGUCGCCGAACGUCAAGCGCGAUUUGGCAUGAACGAACUUCCGGAGAAAAAGACGAAUCCCUUUUUGAAAUUCUUUGGCUACUUUACUGGACCCAUCUCUUACUUGAUCGAAAUUUCCUGUAUCAUUGCUGGCAUUGUCGGUGACUGGAUUGACUUUGGCAUCAUCUUGGCUCUUUUAAUUAUCAAUGCAAUCAUUGGCUACGUCGAAGAAGCCAAGGCGGAAUCCGCAUUGGACGCCUUGCGCCAUACUUUGGCCCUCAAGACCCGCUGUUACCGUGAUAAUGAAUUGAAGGAAGUAGACGUAAAGGAACUGGUCCCCGGUGACAUUAUUGUCUUACGUAUUGGUGAUAUCGUCCCUGCUGAUGCUCGCCUCUUGGGUUUGGGCGUCAACGGAGAAAAAAAUGACUCAGAACUUAUGAUUGAUCAAUCUGGACUGACUGGUGAAUCCUUGCUCGUGGCUAAGAAGAAAGGUAGCACUGUUUAUUCAUCAAGUAUUAUUAAACAAGGACAACAGCUGGCUAUUGUCACCAAGACUGGUACAGAUACUUUUAUUGGUCGUGCUGCGAACCUGAUUGCUAUCACUGCUGAUGAAGGACAUUUCCAAAAGAUCAUCACCAAAAUCGGUAACGUUUUAAUCUGGUCUACUGUGGUCCUUGUCAUGAUCGUCUUUAUCUAUCAGAUGGUUCGUUUCCGUGGUACUCCCCAGGGCAAUUGGAAGAUUGUCCUUGAAAACUGUUUGGUCUUAACUGUCGCUGCUAUUCCCGUUGGUCUUCCCACUGUCAUGUCGGUUACCAUGGCCGUGGGUGCUAAACAACUGGCUGCCAAGCAAGUCAUUGUCAAACGAUUGACUGCUGUAGAAGAACUUGCCUCCGUAUCUGUGCUCUGCUCCGAUAAAACUGGUACAUUGACCUUGAACGAACUGACCUUUGACAAGCCAUGGUUGACGAAUGGUUACUCCGAAGAAGACAUUUUGUUCUACUCGUAUCUGGCCGCUGAACAGGGUGCUAAUGACCCCAUUGAAUCUGCUGUGCGUCGUGCUGCUGAAAGCCAAGUAGACUUGCUCAAGAACCGUCCCAACAAUCGUGAAAUUCCUGGAUUCAAGGUCAUUCAGUUCGAACCCUUCAAUCCCACUACCAAGAUGACCCGUGCUACCGUCAUGAACGUAAACACCAACGAAACCUUCAGCGUGGCUAAAGGUGCUCCUCAAGUCAUUACCAAGCUUGUUGGUGGCGACAAUGAAGCUGUUCAUGCUGUGAAUUCCCUUGCUCGCCGUGGUUUAAGAGCUCUUGGUGUUGCCAAGACUGUUCCUGGUAGUGAAGACAAGUUCGAACUUGUCGGCAUGAUCUCUCUCCUAGAUCCCCCUCGCCCUGAUUCUCUCCAGACCAUUGCUGAAUGUAAUGCCUUGGGUGUCGACGUCAAGAUGAUCACUGGUGAUCAAUUGAUCAUUGCUAAAGAAGUUGCUGCUCGUCUUGGUAUGGGUCGUGUUAUUUUGGACGCCAAUCAUCUUGUAGAUCCCUCAAAGAGCGAGGAAGAUGUAACUGAACACUGUGUACGCGCCGAUGGUUUUGCCCAAGUAAUUCCUGAACACAAGUAUCGUGUUGUCGAAUUACUCCAGAACAAGGGUCUCUUGGUUGGCAUGACUGGUGAUGGUGUAAAUGAUGCGCCUGCUCUCAAGAAGGCUGAUGUGGGUAUCGCUGUUGAAGGUUGUACUGAUGCUGCACGUUCUGCUGCUGACAUUGUCUUGCUUGCUCCUGGUCUUUCUACCAUUACAGAUGGUAUCAUCACCUCCCGUGCUAUCUUCCAACGUCUUCGAUCCUAUGCUCUUUACCGUAUCACUUCCACCAUUCACUUUUUGAUGUUUAUGUUCAUCAUCACCUUGAUUGAAGAUUGGACUAUGCCUGCUGUCUUGCUUAUCAUGAUCUGUGUCUUGAAUGAUGCUGCUACCUUGGUUAUUUCUGUUGAUAACACAGAAAUUUCCGAAAGGCCCGAUAAAUGGCGUAUCGGACAAUUAUUGACACUCUCGUUCGUCUUGGCUGCCUUACUUGCUGCACUUUCCUUUGCUCACUUUUACAUUGCUCGAGAUGUCUUUCAUGUCACCGAUAAUGAGUUGCAUUCCAUCAUGUAUCUUCAUAUUUCCUCAGCUCCACACUUUGUCAUAUUCUCAACUCGUGUUCCUGGCUAUUGGUGGAAGAAUAUGCCUAAUUGGAUAUUCACUGUUUGCAUCAUUGGUACACAAAUCGUUGCGCUCUUCUUUUCUGUUUAUGGUGUCUUUGGUGAACAUGAAGGCGUUGCACCUUGUGGGUACGGCUGGGGUCUAUCUGUACUUGGUGUUUCCUUGGUUUAUUUUAUGCUUUUGGAUGUUGUCAAGGUGCAAAUCUUCCGUAAAUGGAGCUUUGAAAUGACAGCCAAGAUGGUACCAACAAGAGGACGCAAGAACAAAUUACAUACACGAAAAGAAUUACUAGAAAAGAAGACAUUUGUAGAUGCAGCUUGGAAGAAAUUAUUAAAUCCUGUUGAAGCACAUCAGAUUAUUGCAGCCUUCCAAAAUAACUCAAACCCAUCAUAACCAAAUAUUAUAUAGAACUCUUUUUCUUUAGUAAAUUCUCACUUUAUAAUAAUAAACACAC